AGACCCACGAACACGCACCAGUCACUGUUCCUCCGCCACUGCUCGCUUGUUUCACCGUCAAAAUGGACAUUCAGCUACCAUGUGAUCCUAUAAACAUUCGGGGACAAGGUGAACAAGAGAAGAGGAACCAGGAAGUAUGCGAUAACAAGAAACAAGAAGAACACAAGAACAAGGAUGACAAAUGUAACAGAACAAAAUGUCAAACGUCUGUGGCAACUGAGGAAAAACCAGAUCGAGAACAAGGACAGGAGGAGAAGGAGGGUAAGGAAGAAGAGACUCAGGAAAGUGACGUCCUCAACGUCCUGGAGUGUGACGUCCGAGGAGCAGUGAUCGCGGACAAGGGCGAGGGCGCCGUCCUGACCUCGUGGACGGCGGAGUACCUGGGCAAAAAGGGAGACAAUUAUCUAAGUUGCGUGAAGCGCGUGAAGGCCCAGGUGAUGAUCGAAGAGUGCGAGGAACAGCUGACAUACGUGGCCAAAGUCAAGAUGCUCUUUUCCGACACCUACAAGGAGUUUUCCAACAUGUCCUUCUUCAAAGAGCACGAAUUUUACACGAAGCUUUUGCCGGAACUCAACAGCGUGUUAGCGGAAGCAGGACUGGACCCUCUGCGAAUCCCCAAAUUCUACCACUACAGCAAGUGCGAAGAGCGAGAGAUACUCAUCCUGGAGGACCUCACAGCUCGGGGUUUCCGGAUGGCCGACCGCAAGAAGGGGCUGGACUUCGCUCACGCCGUGCUUGUCCUGCAGGAGUUAGCGAGAAUUCACGCUUCUUCAGUCCUGCUGCAGCGGAAACACUCAGUCGAAGAACUUAGGGUCAGGCACAAGUUCCUGGCGCUUGACUGGACAAACAACAGCAAAAUACCAAGAGAAGACAUGGCUGUUGCUAUAUCGGGAGACCUCCUGGCGGCGACAGCGAUUGCGGAGAACUCCAAAGGGUACGAGGACAUGGCAAGGUGGCUGAGGGAGCUGGGUCCUCGAGGAGUCGACGUCUUUGAUGAACAGCUGGAGACGCGGCCGCCCUUCGCUAUGCUCGGUCACGGAGACUGCUGGACCAACAAUUUUGUGUUUAGGUAUGACGACGGCGGCCAUCCGGUUGAGGUCAUGCUGCUGGACCUGCAGCUGUGUCGCCAGGGCUCCCCCGCCCUCGACCUCCAGACCCUGAUGUACUCGAGCAUCAACGGCGCCUUGAGACGGAACUCUCUCCCGCACUUCCUGCAGACGUACACGUCCUCCUUCGACGCCACCGUGGAAGCAGGAGGGAUCCCCCCGCUCUUCACCGUGGAGGAACUGACGGAGGAAUACAACGCAAGGAGCAUGUACGGCGUCCUCAUGGCGUCCAUGUACAUCCCCCUCAUGGUGGUCGACUCCGAGGACGCGCCGGACUUCACCAAGGUCGACGACGAAAAGGAGUUCUACGCAGACCGCGCGGAGGAGGUCGCGCGCUCCAUGGACGACAACCCGCUCCUAAGGGAGACGAUGUGCAGCGCCUUCGACGAGUGGAUCGACAUGGGGCUCAUCUCCUGAUCGUCUGCUGACAGGAUGCGGUUCUGUGGAGGGAGAUUUGGGUGCGGGUGAAUGAGUAGUGUUACGAGGAUAUUGUUAAAUCUGGCAGUAUUAGUAUCUAAUGUGGUGUAUUUUUGUAUAGAUAUGGGCAUGUAGACAGGUAGAAAGCUGGGAACUUAUAUAUAUAUAUAUAU